UUGAGUUACUUGGUUUCUAUUCUCUGUUUCCCAUGUGGGAUUUUUUCACUAAGGCCUAACGACAGCAUCGUCUGACUCGUGUCAGUCUCUUAGAGAUUACAAACAAUUAAUUGCAAAAUGGCUCUUAAGUACAUAUAUAGAGAGAGACUGAUGAGUGUGGCUAUAUUUAUAUAUUAUUGUUUCUUUAGACUUCAUAAAAUUGUAUAAUAAUAUAAUGAGGGUGAUGAAGAUUAAUGUAGCUAAUAUCAAAAAGUGAUAUGAAGAUUACAAACAUUCCAAAAUGUUACUUUACAAUCAAUGUUGACAAGUCUUACUUACUACCUUGUGUUGGUGAAGCUUUCAGAUAACAAUUCUUUGCAGAUUGAUAUCUCAGCUCUCAGAACUAAUUGGUAAUAAGGGAAAUGCUAAGGAACCCAAUUAUGUUUCUAUAAAAUUAAUGUCUUUGGUGGGAUAUUAUUUGGUAUAUAUAUAUUUAUAUAUUCCUUUAUUCCAGUGAACAGUGCAAACCAAAAUGGCCUAGUAGUUGGAUGGGGUCUAACAAGAAGCAUAGUCCUUCAGCAAUCACAUAGUAUUGUCUGCAAUAUUAUAGCUUUCUUUCUCUUGUUGGUUGAAUUAGAAAGAAAGAAAAAAUAUAGAUGAUAAGCUAAUUCAUUAUCUUUGUUGCAAAUCUUAUAGCACAAGUGGGCUCUAUUACAGCUAAACUUUCAUAUAUGAGUUGGAAGACAAAGCCAUGUGAACUUCAAAUGCUUAUGUUUAUGUCUCUUGCAAAUUUGUCAAAGCUUCCCAAAUGUCUUAAGAACCACUUAUUGACUAUCUAUGCAUUCAAACACUUCAUUCAUCUAUAUAAGGCUACAUAACCACAUAACCAAAUCAUCAAGUCCUCACAUUCUCUACUACAAAAUAUUGUUUUGAAUUACUCUAAUACUUCUUCUUGACAAAAACACACAAAGGAAGAUCAACAUGGCAUUUGGAUUGACUCGUUUUGUUCAGGGUAAGAAGGCUCUUCGAAGAUCUCUUUCAGGCAUCGAAGAAGCAACUUUCAAGUCUUCAACCAUUCCAAAAGGCUACUUUGCUGUCUAUGUUGGAGAUGAUCAGAAGAAGCGUCAUGUAGUACCUCUUUCCUACCUGAAUGAGCCUUCAUUUCAAGAUUUGCUUAGUAUGGCUGAACAAGAAUUCGGAUAUGACCAUCCAAUGGGUGGACUCACAAUUCCUUGCAGUGAAGACAUCUUCAUUGAUAUCACAUCUCAGUUGAACUGAUGAUGUAAUUUGUAGUACUGACAUAGCUAGAUUCACACAAAACAAUUUUGUAGAUCACAUACUUUUACUCUUUUUCUUCAAAAGAAAAGGGAUUUUUUUGACUAGUUGAGAAACUAGUAAAUAGAAAUUACUCAUUUGAUUAAACUUGUUGUCUCUAUGGUUAAAUUCCAUUUUUAUUUUUCUAAUCAA